UUUGUUCUCGCGAACUUAACUGAAUUUAAUAUGCGUCAACGUGUGUCUGAUGUAGUUUAAUAGUAGAAGCAGGGGCUAAUAUCAAACGAUGUUGCAUGUAUGUCAUGCAGUACUUGCUGGUUUGCCUUCAAAAGAGCAAUUCAUUUUGCACUGGCACGGUGGCACCUAUAUAUUUACACCUAAAUAUGAACGUGUGUAUAUACGUUAGCUGUUUCAUUUCAUAUGAAGGUUUAUUGCAGAAAAUGUCCACUGGAGAUAUUGGUUUGGCCAAAUAUUGCCAUAUUGCAUCUUUCUUGUUACCUAAUGCGAUGAGGAACUAAUGCACUUAAUAGGAUUCAGGUCGCCCUCCCUGUCUUCCUGUAGCUCUCAGAAGCAAGCUGUGCCCAUACAUAACUGAGCCCAAUACAUAACUGAUUACCAGCUUAUGCUAGAGACAACAUCAGCAUCUGUUCUUGGCAGGUCCCCAAAGAGUCUGUAGAUGGCUUGCAACGUGGGGAGAUGAGAAAGGCUUCCUGAUAUCAGGUGAUUGGAUGCCCAUACAAACAUGGGGAAACUACAGAGCAAGUUCCGGCGACGCUCAGACCUUUACAAGGUCAAAGAGGGGGCGGAUACUGCACUUGUGCCCCAGGUAGUGCAGUAUGAACCCGCUCACACGGAUGCCAUCAACUGUGUCGUCAGCCUGACCUCUGACCUGUGCGUGUCAGGGGGGCAUGACCAGGCUGUUGUUGUCUAUGACUGGAGAGCUGGAAAACUGUGUAAAUCAUUCCAGGGCCACAGCAGAGAGAUUACAAAGUUGUGUUGUCUUAAAGGAAGUUCCUUAAUCUUCAGUGCGUCCCGGGAUAAGACGGUGCUGAUGUGGGAUUUGGGUCGAGAUACAGAACCCGUCCAGGAGUUUUGUGGCCAUGAACUCGUAGUUAACGGGGUAGCGGUCAGCCCAGAUGGCACAAAGCUGUGCACGGGCUCUCGUGAUAACUCCAUGUCCCUUUGGGACAUUGAGUCAGGAGAAUGUCUGCAGAGAAACACCAUCUCACGUAACCUGGUGACCCAUGUGUGCUGGGUACCAGGAAGCACAUCUAUUGUCCAAACCUCAGAAGACAAAACUAUCAGUGUGUUGAUGUGUACUGUCUGUCUCAGGGUGUGGGAUAGUCGUACCUGGCAGGUGACUAACACGUUUCCUGCAAAGCAGUACAUUCAGACACACUGUGACAUCAGCUCCAACUGUUACCACCUGCUGUCGUCCAGCAACGGUUUCGGUGGGCAGGGUUGUGAGGCCACGCUGUGGGACCUCAGACAGCCUGGCUGUAAGGUGGCCGAAUACAGAGGACACCUGCAGACCACAGCAUGCUGCGUGUUUGUGCCUCCCCGUCCCGGGUGUCCUGCCCUUGUGGCGUCGUCAUCGUAUGACAGCUCAGUAAAAAUAUGGGAUCAGAACACUGCAGCAUGUUUGUACACAUUAACAUUGGAUGGUUCAGGACCUUUGGUGUCUCUGGCUCCGUGUGACUCCAGCAGUCUCCUGUGUGCCAGUUUUAACACAGGACUGCACCAGCUGCAUCUGGAUCAGGGAGCAGUGCCCAGCCUCGCUGAAGUGGCUCGCUUCUGACUUCCAUCUGGACCACCUGCAAAAUCAAACUGACAAGUUAAAACAAACAACUUUAAUAACUGGAACUCCUGGAAAUUAAAAUGUACACUACGUUGACAAAAAGUAUGUGUACACCCUAUUCUAAACAGCUUGGACAUUUCAGCUACACCCAUUACUAACAGAAGCAUAAAAUCAAGCGUGAAUCCAUGCAAUCUGUUCGCAUCCAUGUUCAAACAUUGUCUACAUGUUUUUGGCCAUGUAGCGCAUGAUCACCUGACCACAUGAAACAUUAAAGAGUGUAAAAACUUAAUUAACUUUCCUAAAGGAAAGAGACUAGGUGGCUGUAAAACUCCCUACCCGAUAGGUGCUGUUGUUUGUGUGUGUGUGUGUGUGUGUGUGUGUGUGUGUGGCUGCUGAAUAUGCUUGAAUAUGUUAAUUGAGGCCAGGGGUGUAAAGUACUGGAGUAAUUGUACUUCAUUAAAUGCUAAAGUAUUAUUUUAGGAAAUGUAUGUUACUUUGACUACUGUUGAAAAAAAAUUAUAUUUCCAAGAAUUUAAUUUAGAUCUUCAAAAUACAAACAUAUUUUGCAUUAUCAUGGUUUAAAAUCAUUUCAUUCUUCUUUUUUCUUUUUUUUUUCCUUAACUUUUAUUUGAAACGUCCAAAUCCAUUCCAUUGUGAAAUAUGACCACAACAACAUUUAACAUUGCCAAGAAUCUGAUUAAUCCAUUUGGAUUAUAACCACCAUUUAUAGGCAGGAUUAACUCAAAUAAGAUAGGCCAACUUAACCAAACGGGUUUCAGAAUAUAAAUUUUGCUUUAACUAAGUACUGUGUGGAGUCAGCCUUUGUCUUUAGUAAGAAAAAAAUAUGAUUAUAUGAUUAAGUUUUUAUAGUCUCAUGAUUUCGUCAGUUUGAAGCUAUAAAAUGUUUACUUUUAGUUUUUCUAAUGCAUAACUACAAUGAAGCAUUGUUUUAUGCGUUCCCACAUAUAUAUAUGGCAGGAUACUUUGACCUGUAAUUGAGUAAAAUUUAGAAGAACAAAAGGAAUAUGCUUACUCUGCCUUGAGUAUAAUUUCUCUUUACUUUUACACCCCUGUUGAAGACCUUUUAUUUGCACUAGGUAACGGCUAAUGGGUCAAAAUGGUUCACUGCCAAAGUCAUGCAGAAAGUAGCAUAGAAAGAUAAUAAAUCUCAGGCUCUCUCUCCCUCUAUCUCUCUCUCUCAGUUACACAUACACAGACUCAGGUUUUGGCAUGAGGCAGAAACUGAAUCAUAUUCUUCUAGAGGUUACAUACACACACAUUUAAACAUUUAUGUAAAGAGUCUGCUCUUGUAUUUCCUGAGGCCACUUAUGAGUUGAUGUGACCAUUUAGAGAAUUAAAUACAAAAACAGCAGAGUGGCCAAAAAAAGUGGCCAGACAACAGAGAAUGUAAAGUCAAUGAAAAUCAGUGAUGCAAUGUGUGUUGUUGUUGUUGUUGUUGUUGUUGUUUUUAAUAUUUUUUUCUUUAAUUUUAGUACUAUAGUUCUAGAAUAAAAAGAAUAUUGCAGCUUUUUUCAGUGAAUACUGUCUUGCCAACACCGGCAGUGUUGAUUCCAUAUGUAUUUAAAAAUGAGAAACUGUCA